AUGCAAUUUUUUACCGCAAUCGCCGCAAUCAGUGCUCUCGUGGCCCCGGCCCUCGCCCUCCCAACCCAGGAACUACCCCAGGCUCCAACCAACCAGACUCUUCAUGUCAGGCUCAUUCCCACUGGUAACACCAUGGUGAAGGCUGUUGUCACCAACAACGGAGACCGUCCGUUGAAUUUAUUGAAAUUCAACACCAUCAUGGAUGAGAAUCCAACCGCCAAAGUCAAUGUCGUUCACGAGGAUGGUGAGGAGGUCGAGUUCACUGGCAUGCUACCCCGUUAUAGCAUGAGAUCUCUGCCCAAGAGCGUCUUCACUCGUCUAGCUCCCAAAGAUAGCGUUGAGCACGUUUUCGAUAUUGCUACUGUCCACAACUUGAAGCGGAGCGGCAAGUACACACUCUCUGCUCGUGGAGCCGUGCCUGUCGCCGAGGGUGAUGACACUGCGAUCAUAGAUCACGUUUACUAUCAAUCCAACGAUCUUACGAUGGAGAUCGAUGCCCGCAAGGCUGCUCUGAUUCCUAGGGCUUUUGAAGAUACUCACUUUGCUGGAACCCUAAACAGGCGCGGCGGACUCAACUCAACUUGCAGUCCCCGUAGAUAUCAAGUCAUCAAGCGUGCUCUUAACGAUGCCAGAAUGAUUGCCUCCUCCGCUUCGAAAGCUGUCUCUUCCAACCCAGAAAAGUUUCGGGAAUUCUUCGGUACCACAGACCCCAACGCCAUGAAGCAGGUUUCCGAGCGCUUGAUGGCUAUUGCCCAGGCGUCCGUUGAGAAUGGCCCCAUUAAAUGGCACUGCUUCGACUCUCGUGGGCGCUGUGAGCAAAAUGUUGUUGCCUAUACCCUCCCAUCUCGGAACGAAGUCUUCCCCUGCAUGCCUUUCUUCACUGAGUCAGACUUCACCAAUAAAUGCCAUGCUCAGGACAAGCCCACUACCCUCAUCCACGAAGCAGCUCACAACCCAAGUGUUGUCCAACCCUUCUGCCGCGACCAUGGGUACGGUUAUGACCAUGUGAGCAGGCUUCCACCCAGAUUAGCUCUCCAGAAUGCCGACAACUACUCUAUCUACGCCCAGGGUAAGUUUCAUCUUCAUCUCCCCUUGAAGGUGGUCUUUUCUCCCAACUAA